CCCGGUGACUGGCUGCCGGCAGUGCAGAGGGCGGACGCGUUCACCUGCAAACCCCGGGGCGCGGGCGCACGCGCCGCCGGGGAAAGGUCGCAGGACGGCGGAUCGAGGGAGUGGGGCUGGGGUCCUGGGGCUGGGGGGACCUUCGGCUCUGGGUUGGGGGUGCACAGCCGCGGCGUCGGGGAGCCCAGGGACAUGGCGCUGCCGGACAGUGAGGAGGGAGAGCCGGUGGCGCCCGGGCACCCGCUGGCGAAAGGCUUCCUCCCCGUGUCUGGAGAGGCUCCCGCCGGGAAGAACUUGGAGCCGCAGAAUGGGCCCAAAGCCGGCUGCCUGCUCCUUAACGGGGUCCUCCAGAACAGCCCCGCAGCCGCCCCGGGAGCCCUGGGCGGGCCGCAUACUGUGCUGGCCCCGGAAGAGGAGACCCAGGCCCGGCUGCUGCCCACGGAGCCUGGCGAGGAGACCCCGGGGGCCGAGGGCGCCCCGCUGCCUCGGACGGCGCUCUCGCCGCGGCGCUUUGUGGUGCUGCUGGUCUUCAGCCUGUACUCGCUGGUGAACGCCUUUCAGUGGAUCCAAUACAGCAUCAUCAGCAACGUCUUCGAGGGCUUCUACGGCGUCUCCUUGCUGCACAUCGACUGGCUGUCCAUGGUGUACAUGCUGGCCUACGUGCCCCUCAUCUUCCCGGCCACCUGGCUGCUGGACACCAGAGGCCUGCGGCUCACGGCGCUGCUGGGCUCGGGCCUCAACUGCCUGGGCGCCUGGAUCAAGUGUGGCAGCGUGCAGCGGCAUCUCUUCUGGGUCACCAUGCUGGGCCAGUGCCUGUGCUCCGUGGCCCAGGUGUUUAUCCUGGGCUUGCCCUCCCGCAUCGCCUCCGUGUGGUUUGGGCCCAAGGAGGUGUCCACAGCUUGUGCUACCGCCGUGCUGGGCAAUCAGCUUGGAACUGCAGUUGGCUUUUUGCUACCACCGGUUUUAGUGCCUAAUACACAGAAUAACACGAGUCUGGCUUAUAAUAUCAGCACCAUGUUUUAUGGGACAUCAGCUAUUGCUACCCUUUUAUUCAUUAUGACAGCCAUCGCAUUCAAGGAAAAACCUCAGUAUCCACCGAGCCAGGCUCAAGCAGCUCUCCGUGACAGUCCGCCUGAAGAGUACUCCUAUAAGAAAUCGAUAAGAAACCUAUUUAAAAAUAUUCCUUUUGUCCUUCUACUGGUCACUUAUGGAAUCAUGACUGGAGCAUUUUAUUCUGUCUCAACAUUAUUAAAUCAAGUGAUAUUGAAAUAUUAUCCGGGAGAAGAAGUGAAUGCUGGAAGGAUAGGGUUAACUCUGGUAGUAGCUGGAAUGGUGGGCUCUAUUCUUUGUGGCUUGUGGCUGGAUUACACCAAAACAUACAAACAGACUACUCUCAUAGUUUACAUUUUAUCUUUUAUCGGAAUGGUUAUAUUUACUUUCACAUUGGACCUUGGAUACAUUAUCAUCGUGUUUGUUACUGGAGGGAUACUUGGUUUCUUCAUGACUGGCUACCUCCCCUUGGGCUUCGAAUUCGCUGUUGAAAUCACUUACCCUGAAUCUGAAGGUACUUCCUCUGGUCUUCUUAAUGCUGCUGCACAGAUAUUUGGAAUUUUGUUCACAUUGGCUCAAGGAAAGCUCACAUCAGACUAUAGCCCAAGGGCAGGGAACAUUUUCCUCUGUGCUUGGAUGUUUGUCGGCAUCAUUUUAACAGCAUUAAUCAAGUCUGACCUGAGAAGACACAACAUAAACAUAGGAAUUACGAAUGUCGAAAUUAAAGCUGUGCCAGUUGACAGUCCUAUGGAUCAAGAACCAAAAAUUACGUUGUCUAAGCAGUCAAACUCAUCCAUUUGAGGUGAAAAGAAAAGUUGUUAUCCUGCAGUAAUUGGGAUAGAGUGUGAUGAUCAUGGAGUGCUCUGUGACCAGUGAGCCUGGCUUUGCAGGUGGUGGGGAAUGGACACAUACUUGAAAAUUACUGUAUGCACUCUGAAUGCACAAUGUCAUUUUGAUUUAUUGUUUUAAGCAAUAUUUUGCUUAAAAUCCUUUGCUUAAAUGAUGCUGACACUACCAUUUGUCUAACUAGUAUCCCAUUUUCAGUCAUAUAUCAUGUCUGAAAGUGAGUUCCUUAACAUUUACUUUUAAAAAACAGGUGUUUUUUUUGUAGAACAUGGAAGUUUAGAAGACUUUCUAAAAUGAUAAUAUGGAGGUCUAGUCCUGUAAGACACAUUCAAGUACAUGCAGUUUAUAUGUAAAAGUAUUCAGUGGGGGCUCCUGCCAUCGGAUCAGCGCGGUGCGCCGGCCGCAGCGUGCCAGCCGUGGCGACCAUUGGAGGGUGAACCAAUGGCAAAGGAAGACCUUUCUCUCUGUCUCUCUCUCUCUCUCUCUCUCACUGUCCACUCUGCCUGUCGAAACAACAACAUAAA